AUGCGAUACUCCUCAGCCGCCGCUUUCUUCUGCUCCUUAGCAGGCUCGGCCAACGGUCUACCUGCACCCGCACCCCAGGCGUCAGGAGCUUCUGGGCCUACAAUACCAGGUCCUGUUGAUCCCUCACAAGUUCUGAACAUGCCACUACCCUCAGGAGCAUCAGGCUCGUUGCGUGGUUCGGAAAAGUAUCUAGGGUACAACCCUUCGAACCCAGUCGACAUGAAGUCCACAGUCAUUCCACCCGAAGACUUCGAACUCGCACCCGGACAGUCGGAAGACGCAGACUUGGGAUUAUACAUCGACCUCACUAACGUAAAGAACCCGCAACCAAUUCGCGGUGGUACUACAGGGCCUACAGAGCCUGGCCCACGUACCCCAGCCUAUGAUCGGCUGAACAGCGACGUAUACGCACCGCCGCCCUCCGACAUGGGAGAGGUUAGCAACGCGAAGUGGCCAUUCGGUCUCAGCCACAACCGCCACGGCCUUGCAGGAGCAGGGUGGGCACGAUCUCAGAACACCGAUCAACUACCCUCGUCCGUCGCAAUGGCCGGCACAAAUAUGCGACUAAGCCCGCAUGCCUAUCGCGAGCUUCACUGGCACAAGCAAGGUGAAUGGGCAUUAAUGCUCAAUGGCAGCGUACGCAUUGCCUCCAUGAACGAAGCGGGCCAGACCUUUGUCGACGACGUCCAAGAAGGCGAUGUCUGGUUCUUCCCGCCAGGAAUCCCGCACUCGAUCCAAGCCUUCGAAAAUGGCUGUGAAUUCCUCCUGAUCUUCAACGAUGGCUCCUUCAGCGAAGAAAACACUUUCCUUCUCUCUGAACUCAUGUUGCGCAACCCGGAAUCCGUUAUAGCGAAAAACUUCCGCACAAGCGUCAAGACGUUUGAGAACAUCCCCAAAGAACAGCUUUGGAUCUUCCCCGGUACGCCCGCGCCGAAGAACAUUUCGGAGCAGAAUGUCACGGGCCCCGCUGGUGUGAUUCCAAAGGAGGGCGCGUAUACUUACCAUUGGAGCCAACAGGAACCUGUCAAGGUGCCGGGUGGUAGUAUUAAAAUCCUGGACCCGGCUACUUUCCCCAUCGCAAGCACCUUCUCUGCUGCUCUCAUCACCGUCGAACCCGGCGCGAUGCGCGAACUCCACUGGCACACCACAUCAGACGAAUGGUCGUACUUCCUUUCUGGCACCGCGCGUCUUACCGUCUACGAAGCACCAGCUGCGUCGCGCACAUUUGAUUUCUCGGCUGGGGAUGUCGGUUAUGUACCCGUACCUAAUGCGCAUUAUCUUGAAAAUACAGGAAAUGAGACACUGGUUUACCUCGAGGUGCUACAAUCGACGCAGUAUAGCGAUAUCAGCGUGAAUCAGUGGUUGGGGAUUACGCCGAGGCAAAUUGUCAAGGAUCAUCUCAAUGUGGAUGAUGCGUUCUUGGACACGUUGGGUUCGAGGAAGAGCAAGGACUUUGUGGUGCAAGGAAAUCCGGAUUUGACGGCGACGGAUUUUACGCCUGGACAGCAUGGUGGUGCUUAG